AGGGUCUAGAGAGCAACAUCUUCUAUAUAUAUAUAUAUUCUAAUAUUGAUCAUUUUGUUAAGAGAUUGAAAAGUUAUGGAGAAGCAAGAGUUGGAUUAUGUGCUCGUUCCUUUGGGGAUCGGGUUGAUGGUAGCUUACCACUUUUGGCUACUCUUUAGGGUCAUUAGCCAACCGACCAAGACCGUGAUUGGCAUCAACGCCAUCAACCGCCGACUUUGGGUCCGAACCAUGAUGAAGGAUUUCAAGAAUGCAGUGCUAGCGGUCCAAACAUUCCGAAACAACAUAAUGGUGUCAACCCUCAUGGCGUCGACGGCCAUAACCCUCAGCUCCCUCAUCGCCGUCCUAAUGACCAACGGCUCCCUCAUCCACGACAGCCAAACCCUUUUCAUCGGCAACAAAUCCGAUCUCAACAACUCCAUCAAGUUCUUCUCCAUCCUCGUCUGCUUCCUCCUGGCUUUCCUCAUGAACGUUCAAUCCAUUCGAUACUACAGCCAUGCCAACAUCCUCAUUAAUGUCCCCAUUGCAAAAAACAGGGCGGUGGCGGUGAACUACGUGGCCAGGGCGCUUAACAGGGGAGGGUAUUUUUGGUCAAUCGGGCUGAGGGCGUAUUAUUUUUCGUUUCCGUUGUUUUUGUGGGUGUUUGGUCCGAUACCGAUGUUUGUUUGUUGUGUUGUUAUGGUAUUCGUGUUGUAUUUUUUAGAUGUGAAUACGGAUGGUGGGGGUGGCGAGGAUCAGGUGUGGAUGGACCCGGACGACGAUGAGGGAGAGUGUUAGAAUAUUGACGGGCCGGAGUAUGGAUUUUGCCAGUACAUACGAGGUUCGACUGUCGACUUUAUGUGCUUUAGGCUCAGAGAUGAUGUAGAUGAUGUUCUGAUAAGAUUUGUAUUCAUGCGUUUGUAUUUAUUAGUAGGUUGAGUUGAAUUCAACUGUCGUUGAAUUUAUCUCUAAAAACACUUGAAUGUUGUAUCCAGGCGUAUCAACAAUAUUUUUCUAUCUAUCUAUAAACGGUGAAUGUUGAUAUA